AUGAACGAAGAUGAGGGAGAUUAUUUUCAUCGUAGGUUUAGUGUUGGGUCGGACAGAACAUUGGAUAAUAUAGCUGAUCUUCAUAACUUGGAUACAUCACAGAGUACUCUACACAGUCCUAUUCACGGAAGGAUGUUCAGCAGCAGCUACAGGGGACAGAAGCCUGGUGAUAUGGACCCACCUCAUCACCAUAGUAAUGAACUGGUUGAAGUUACUGGCCCCUCCAGCUCAGGACAAACAGAUGGAGCUGAUAAAGCUGGGGAAAUAACUCCAGUAAGUAGGCUAAGAAUGAAAUCUGACCUCAUAAGAGGUCAAGAGGAAGGGUCAAGGCCAAGACCAGUGGAACGUCAGUUGACGGACAGCUACAUUGAGGAACUGUCACGCACACCUCGUUACAAUACUCAAACGGACUAUAACCAGAUGGUGGACCAUUUAGCAGAGAACGAUCCAUUUCGAGGAGAAUAUACUCCCUCUGGUAAGCAAAAGAAAGUACAACACAAAAGAAAAAAGCACAAACAUAAAAAAGAUGAUGAUUCUACAUGGGAUGGAACAGAGAGCAUGCCACUUGAUAAAUCAGAAGGAACGUUUUCUAAGAAAAAGAAAAAAUCUAAGAAAGGAUCAAAUUCUAGAGAUAGCACUGGAACUUUUACCAUAGAUGGACAUUCCAAUCCGUCCUUUGAUAAAUCUGUAGACAGGUCUGUCGACAGACAGAGGGCAGAAUCUGUUCAGAGUAAUGGAACAUACACACUCAAAAGAGAGGACUCUUUAGCAAGUCUUAAAGGGUUCCAUCCAUCGGUUACCAGAAAUGACACCAGCAACAGUUUUACCAUCAAACGUGCAUCCUCAAAAAGGAAGACCAAAAUUGGUAUUGAUAGAGUUGGAUUCCAAAAGUUCGUGAAAGAAAAUAUCAAACAACGGGAGCCUAAAUCAGAAAUUAAUCCACCAACUGGGAAGUAAGUUUUGGGAAAGGACAUUCCUAACAUGGAAAAAGGCAAGCAUGUAUGGCACUACCAUACACAUACUAUUGCAAAACCCUGUGAUUCCUUUGGUGAGAUUCAGUUCCAUGGCUAUGGACACGACACAGAAUCUUCCCCUUACAUCAGACUGGCAAACGACACCAAGCCAGAGUUGGUGCUGGACAUUAUUCUUAACUACUGGAAGCUUCCCACCCCAAAACUCCUUAUCUCUAUUACUGGUGGUGCCAAAAGGUUUGACAUGAAACCCAAGCUCUUGGAAAAGUUCAAGCGCGGCAUUAUCAAUGCAGCGACAAGCACAGGAGCCUGGAUCAUCACUGGGGGGACACACACUGGCGUGAUGGAGAUUGUAGGAGAAGGAAUCCGGGAAUACAUCCUCACCUACGGCAAACAGAAGGACAUUGUGUGUCUGGGUGUUCCUUUGUGGGGGGCCAUCGCCAAUAGGGAUGCUCUGGACGAGGAUGUGGAUGGGAAUUUCCCUGCUAUAUACUCUAAACAAGGUCUGGAAGCGGAGAAAGGUAAACGGACGGUCCCCCUCGAUCAUAACCAUACUCACUUUGUCAUUGUGGAUGAUGGAUCCCGAGAGAAAUUUGGCGGUGAGAUUGAAUUCAGAGCCAACCUGGAGAAGACAAUUUCCCACAUGUUGUGUAAUUCUGAGAGCAUGACCUCUAACCUUCAGGUAAACACUCCAGUCAUAUCACUGAUCAUAGAGGGUGGCAUUGGUUCCAUGAAGACAGUUGCUGAAUCAAUCAAAAAUGGAAUUCCUGUAUUGGUUCUUGAGGGAUCAGGAAGGGCAGCAGACUUCAUCGCCGCUGGAUACCAUAUGACCAAGGACAUCAUGAAUGAAGAGAAAAGUCACUUUCCACAACACUAUCACCAAACCAUGGAGGAAAUGGCCACCAAUGACUUCGAAUGGAAACCGGGAGAGAGCAACAAACCUGCCAAGAUAGCGCAAUGUCUGAAACAGCUGGAGUACUCUCUCAGGUCACGCAGAAUGAUAACAGUGUUCAACUUAGGUGAUUCAGAAAAUAAAGAUCUUGAUAAAGCCAUUUUGAAUGCCUUACUGAAAGCAAAUCAGUCUAAUCAGUCUGCCCAGUUAUCCCUCGCCCUGGCCUGGAACAGGAGCGAUGUUGCCAAAAAUACAAUCUUCUCUUCAUCAAAGAAGACCAUAUUUGGUACUUCGCUGCAUGAUGCCAUGACAACCGCCUUGAUCCAAAACAAGAAAACGUUUGUGGAACUUUUUCUGGAGAAUGGUGUGGAAUUGAAGGAUUUCCUCACUGUCAAGAACCUGUGGAAUCUAUAUGCAAAUUGUCUCAGUGACAAGAUGGACCGAUCAGCCCAACUCUUCAACAACCUCAUCAUGUACCUCAAGCAAACAUGGGGAGCCUAUCUCUGUUGUCGACCAGUACAACACCUUGGAAAUCAUCCAGAACUGGUGGAGUUGGUGGGAAAGACGAUCGUUUAUAUAAUGGGAGAUGAGGCAAUUAAUCCGUAUUAUGACAAAGGUGAUAAAUUUGUGGUAAUUGAUGCAGAGCCAUGUAUGGGAUACAUUGAAGAUAACAAAAGUGUUGAACACUCAAUGGCAGGGAAAAAUUGGCGGAAAAUCAAACACGACUUUGAGCUACCAGAGAGGGAGCUGUUUUUGUGGGCAAUAUUGCUCAAUAGGAUGGACCUAGCUAAACUCUUCUGGAGACUGGGAAGGGACCAUUUGGGUUCAGCACUGCUUGCAGCAGGUCUGCUGAAAGGUCUAGCUAAUGUGGCUGAUGGUGAGGAAGAGAUUGAACUUAGUGUGUCCUUAGAGGAGAGCGCAGAGAUGUUUGAGAAAUUGGCAGUGGAUGUGUUAUCUCAAUGCUAUAAGCAAAACAAGGUGCUUGCCCAUCAGUUACUUGUUCGUCAGCUCAACGACUAUGGUAACACAACCCUGCUACUCCUGGCUGAUGCCAACGAACUCAUGGACUUCAUGGAUCACACUUGUUGUCAAACCAAACUGAACAGUGUGUGGAAAGGACGCAUGGCCCUUUAUACAUCAACUUGGAAGAUACUUGCUGCGAUGAUGAUUCCGUUUCUGAUUCCGGCUAUUAAGUUUACUUGCAACAAAAAUCCCACUGAAUACCUGGAGGAUGACGAGGAGGUAGACUACGACGACCUUGGUGAGGCCAUGGCAGUAGAGGGCACCUUGGUCAGCAAUAACAGCAAAGUAUCCCCAGAAAUAGAAAGUAAAACAAAGUACCUCAAGAAAAAACUGUAUAAAGUCAGCUUGAUUGGAACAGGAAAGGAUGGUAUCAAUGUCUUCUCCGCCAUGUACCACUUCUAUACUGCGCCUGCCACCAAGUUCUAUUGGUACACGAUUGCCUACUUGAUAUUCUUGGCUAUUUUUUCUUUCUUUGUGUUGACAAAUUUAUACCCCACAUCCCACCCCAACUCUCCAUCCAAUAUCGAAUGUGUCACGUGGGGUUGGACCAUCACUAUGGUGAUCGAGGAGGUUAGACAGGUAUUGACGCGUGAUCAGAGAUCCUUGAUUCACAAGCUGCGGAGUUGGUACUCCAGUGUCUGGAAUCGCUUUGAUUUGCUUAUGUAUCUACUUUUUAUGCUGUCAGUGAUUCUGAGAUUUGUCCUCAAUGACAGCAACUUUACUUGGGCCAGAAUGACAUACAGUAUUACACUGGCCAUGUACUUCCUCAGAUUCAUGCAAGCAUUCUUUGUGGAGAAAAAUAUUGGACCUAAAGUCAUUAUGAUCAGAAAAAUGCUGACAGAUUUGAUGUUUUUCUUUGCUAUCCUCGCUGUGUUUGUGCUCAGUUUUGGAAUUGCCUACCAGGCAAAUUUGUUCCCUAAUGACCCUCCAACCUGGCGACUUCUGAAACAGGUGGUUUACCUUCCCUACUGGCAGAUGUAUGGUGAACUAUUCCUGGAGAACAUGGAAGGGGAGGAGCCAAAUGAUUGUACUACCAAUGAGACAGAAUGGCGGUCAGGAGCAAAGGUUCGCUGUGCCGAAAACAAUGCACUGGUGCCAUUACUUCUUGCUGUGUACAUGCUACUGACCAACAUCUUACUGGUCAACCUGCUGAUUGCCAUGUUCAGUGACACAUUUCAGAAGGUACAGGAUAAUUCCCUAAAGGUGUGGAGAUUCUUUAAAUUCUCACUAGUUUAUGAGUACUACGAACGGCCAUCCAUUUUCCCUCCAUUUAUUAUCAUAAAUCACGCUUUCCGAGGAGGACGAUGGCUGAUGCACAAAAUGUGCAGAAAGCUGAAUUACCAUGACGACUUCAAGCUUCGCCUGACAGAGAGAGACAACACACGUCUGUCACUGUUUGAACGUGAGGCAGUAGAGGACUAUCUCCACACUUCGCGAGAGUUGCUGAAAGAACAGCUUGACUCUAAGGUCAGGAGCACGUCCGAUAGACUGGAGAAAGUAAUAGAUGAACUAGACAGCAUCAAGGAUUCUGUAACCCAGGUCUCUAAACAAAAGAGUUCACAGCCAACAACUGACAUCACACCACGGGAUAUAAUAGCUAGCAGUAUGCUCACCGCUCGGUCUGCCAAGUAAGAUCAGCGGAUGCAGGAUCAGAUGGAUCAACUGUCAACUUACGUGCGUGAAGAGCUCGCUUCUAUCCACAAAAGUGUAUACACUUUACAGGAAAUGAUGAUGGAGAAUAGAAGACAGACACUCACCUCCCCUGCCCUCGACAUCACCCAUGUGACCUCAUCUCAGGAUGUGUAA